AUGAAACUGACCAUUGGCUUCCUAUUGUUUUGUGCUUUGUACGCAGCGGUGACAGCCAAGAGCACUGUCGUUGAAACAACCUCUCCGGAUGGGAUCUCGGCACGAGGACUGGAGCUGGUGUUGGGCAAGUUGGAACAGAUGGACCGGAAGUUGUUGAACCUUCAAAUCGAGCUGACCGAGCAUCGCGAAGAGAUGAAACGGAACCGGGACUGUGUUACUUCAACAGCCGCACCACCGGAGCAAGAAAGUACGACGCCAACAACAACAACUUCAAAACCUCUGAUUCAUUCCUCGUGCAAGGAAGAACCGUCCAAAGUGUCGGGAGUGUAUCUUAUCCGUGUUAACAACGAUAGCACGCCGUUCAAUGUUUAUUGCGAGCAAGCGAGCUUUGGUGGCGGUUGGCUGGUAGUGCAACAUCGGUUCGAUGGUUCAGUUGAUUUUUACCGCAACUGGGACCAAUACCGCGAAGGGUUCGGUGAGGUAGACAACGAGUUUUGGCUCGGGCUGGAGCGAAUGCAUCAACUCACGACCGCUCGCCCUUACGAGCUUAUAGUAGAGAUGAAGGACUUUAAGGGUAAUUAUGGAUAUACCCGUUACAUUCGGUUCCAAGUAGGCAGCGAGAGUGAAAAGUACGAACUGACGCUGGGGUUGGGAUUGGAUAGUGGCCGUGCAGGCGAUGGAUUUGAUGGAUUUCAUAAUGGAGUGAAAUUCUCUACUAAGGAUAGGGAUAAUGAUGAGACUCCCGAUAAGCAUUUCGCUGUUCGUUACACAGGCGCCUGGUGGUACUGUCCGGGGGGCGGCGUUACCAAUUUGAAUGGACCGUACAAGAACAGUGACGAUACGUGGAAUUCAACUGUUUGGUAUCAUUUCAAAGCCGAUCUUCGAGCCUUGAGCUUCACCAGAAUGAUGAUUCGUGAAUUGUAA